CCCCUCCCUCUCUCUCAUACACACACACUCGCAGCAGCAGCAACAACUACAGUUUGAAGCCGUGGCAUGAAUGAUCUCAUCUCAACCUGAUCUCCGCUUUCCCUGCCGUCGAUCCUAUGAGCCAGGACAAGAGUAAAAUAACACAAACUCCAGGUGAGCGACUAACUGCACACUCUCUAGAAACACAUAAUAGAGCCCCGGUCAAUGGUUAGAUUCUCCAGGCGCGGGGUGAUUUUUAGGAGGAGGGGGCUCUGGAGCGGAGCCGCGUUGAAAACUCUUGUUUUCGGCCAAAGAGGGAGGAAGCGUCUCGGCGCAGGGAGAACGACCAAGUACUAAGUAAUCCUUUAGUCCGGUUGUUAUCAGUAUGAAAAUUAUGAUCCAGUGAGUAUAUGUUUGGCUUUUACCCUAUCACUGAUAGGGUUUUCCAUUUUUAUAUAAUCCGUCCAGCGGUCCAGCAUCCCAUCUUCGCUCAGCAGUUAGCCAUGUAAGCCGUUAGCCUGUAGCAUAAAAUGGCCUCAUUGUCGUUGAGUGAAUUUGGUGCUGAAAAGACAAAAGCGUGCGAAAGGAACAGAGGGCAAAGCUGCAGUUCUGUGGCUCUCGGGUUAACAUGUAUAUAUUCCAAAAGGCCAUUGUCAGUCACUAGGCAGACCAGAAAACGAUUCCAUGAGCUACCGAUGUUUUAGAGCAGAAUUCUGAUUUUAACACUGAACCGAGCUAACAGUGCUAAUAGAAGUCUUCGGUGGGGGAUGGGUGUUUCAGGCUUUAGCCAUUGACGUAAAACGAGGCCGCAUUUUGUUUGGCUUUUUCUUCCUCCUCCAGCUCCUGACAUAUGAACAGUCGCACCGUGUAAUAACAGUUUUUCAAUAUAUGUCACAGUAUAAACAGCGAAAUUCACUAAAAUGACAAGUUUUCACCGUCGGUUAAGUGAUUUCAGCGCCUUUGAAGUCAACCAGGUUAACUUAGUCUAAUUUCCUGAUUCGCGCUGAUCUCCGUAUACAGUUUAUUUCCUAUGACAUGGGAUUACAAUUCUAAAUAAACUGAACAAACCGGGUCCAAGUAAUUUGUUUUGAAUUAUAGCAUAUACCUAAAUCCCACGCGUUGUUCCGAUGUUAAUUCUUCCAUAUAAGUCAUCUUAACUUGUUUCAUCUUAUUUCAUCAUCCCACGUUACUAUAAUGUAUUUGUUUAUCUGUGGCUGAUGCCAACCUAUACGUUAAAUAUUACCGUUUAAAAACAUUCGAGAAUGCAUUAAAGACCAUAUAUAAAUUUUAAAAAAUGCACUGGUAAACAGACAAACAAUCUGAGAUGAGAAUACAAAUAAGUCUUAGCCAAGUUAUAAGACAUUUAACUUUUAUCAGAUGUGGUAAAAGGGUAGAUAAUGGUACAGUCAAAAAGUGGUCAUAUUACAUGAUUAAAUGUAUAGCUAACGUACAACAUUUAGCCCCGUGACUUUCCCUCCUCUGUUUACUUGGUUUGACCAUAAGAAUACAGUUGUUCUUUUAUCUGUUAUGGUUUUAAGAGCAUGGUCGUGAUUUAACUUAAUGGCUGAAUUAACUUGUAAACUUGAUUUUAUUAGACUUUGUAUUUUCCUUGUUAUUGUCCAUGAGUUGUCCAUGUGAAAGAGCUCCUAAUAUCCUCCGUUGGAUUAAAAGUGUGGUAUACCAUCACUCUGUGGUUUGACCCUUAGUUUUAGGGAUUGGAACAAAGAAUGUUAAUUGGGCUAAUAAUGACGCAUUUCUGUGUUGUUCUGGCUAUUGAUACGUCUUUUUAUUUACUUAUAUGAGUGUGAUGUGUGUUAGAAAUAGGGCAGGGUUGUUGCAUAAGUUGUAAUAUUUGCCUGCUGUGGUUGCUUGCUGACACUGACCCAUUUCUGCCUCUUUUGUUGUUUUUCCUUACCGUUACUGUGUAGAUUUUAUGCUUUUAACCUUGUCUUAAUUCAUAUCCUCCAGAUAUAUCCUGCAAAACUCGCAAACUCUUAAAUGUGCAUUGCACACCAGAUAUAUUUACAAUCUCAUGUCCGUAUGUGUUACCUCUAUUUUCAAGCAUUUCUUGGCUUUUUUUUAAUGCAUCCCAAUUUUUGUUACAUGUCUUUUUCUUUAGGUAGCUAGUCAUCUUUAGUGUCUUUUAUUUAACAGGAACUGCAGCACAAACGCACCAUACCAGGAGACCACACGUGCAUUGAUUCUUCAAUCUUUGUAUUUUAGCCCUCCAGGUUUCUACAGCAAUGAGUCUGACUCCUUAAUGUCCACUAUCAGAGAAUGUUGUUACCUGUGUGCAGUAAGGAGUCAAAGGCCUCCUGAGACUUCUGAGUUUCAGGUACUAGUCUGUGUUUGUCUGAGAAUUCAGACUCAAACUUCUUCAAACGUUGUGUUUGUGAAGCCCGUCAUUUGAUCAAUCCAUUGAAGAUGUGCUGUAGUUAAAUAUUUCUCUCUCUCUCUCAGAGGAACAUUCUACAGGCAAUAAUUGUCAUUUGACACAAGAAUGAUGAAGAAAUAUGGGCCACAUCUGCUUUCUAAAAUGUGGCUCACAGCGUAGCCUAAUUUAAACAUCUCCAACGAUUUAGAUAUCAGUGGAUCAGAAGAAGAACAUCAUUGGCGAAGAUGGGGCCCACUUUGUGGUGUACAGACGUGGCUGCACAAAGACCCGUAAGUCAAAGCUGUAUGUGGGCCAGAAAAACCAUUCCCUAUAUUUAUUGGCCAUUGUACAGUCCAGCAGUGUUAAAGUAUUGAAUAAAAUCUGGUUAAUUAAAUCAAUCCUUUGUCUAUUAUUUCAAUUUGUCAUCCAACUGUUCUAAUCUCAAUGGAGUCUAAUUUCUCAGUAAUUCAGCCCUAAAUGAAAAUAUUUCCACCUUGUUGGUUUUCUUUGAAUUGUGACAGUAACCACGUAUUUUAGUAAAUUAAGUUUUACUAGAAACAAGUGGGGUACUGUUAUGAUACUGCCUAACAGAACUUAACUGUUUUUCUUCAGUGAAAGGCUUUGAAGGCCAGCGGUAAGACACUUUUUUUGAGACUAGUUUUUGUCAUUGUGCUUUUUUUUUUAACUAAAUGUGUGGCCAGUAGAAAACUGAACCAAGUGAAGUGAUUCACCAACAUGCCCUGCCCACAGGUUUUUACACAGAGGAGAAAGAGAGACAUGCACACGGACACUGCUCACUAUUUUUCCUACAGAUGGAAAAUAAAGUGUCACAGUUGGUCAUCUGAGCUCAGCCAUUUGUUUUACAUACAUUCGUCUAUCUUGGAAGUUGCAGGCCUUUAUUGUUAGCAGUUCUUACUGUCAGAUGUCUGCGUUGGAAGUCAAGUGCAGUAAAGGAAGUUGACUCAUUUUUUCCUUCCCCUCCCCAGUGAAGAGAAAGUAAAAAUCUAGUUCUGCUAGUUUCUGAAGUGUGACGUGCAUAGAACCCGACACCUGAUCUUCCUGGUAAAUAUCAGUGGUUCUUUACGGUGCUCUUCUGUUUGGUGUAUGUUGUGAAUGCCGGUUUCUAAAUUCUCAUCUUUACCCUCAGAAGCACUUUAUUGAGCAGGAUAAAUAAUUUUUUGUAUUUUUGAAUCACAGGUGGCAGUGGAACAGAGCAGUCAUGUAUUGCUGAUGUAACUUUUUUUCUCUGCUGACUUUGAUGCAGCGUCCGUCUUUAGUUGGUAACCCUGCUAUUUUCGGUGGUUCAGUGGUCUGUUAAAAGUGUGGUUGUUCCGCCCAGCAGGAGUCUUGCUUCAGACUGGCCUAAAAUGGGCAGAAAUGGUGCUGAACAAAAGCUGCUUGUCGCUCGUACAAAAGUACUUGAAGCAUUGACGCAGCCAGGACCAAGCUGCAUUGCUAAUGCCUGUGCCUCUCAACAGGAAAGAGAGGCAACAUGUUUCCGAAGGGCACCAAGCGCAAGUUCUCAGACUCUGGGGAGGAGGCAGGCUCCAACGGGGACCAGGGCCAGGCAGCAUCAACAUCUGUGGCAGCCCCUCGGACGCUGACGUCCUCCUACAGUCUACAACGACAGUCACUGCUUGACAUGUCGCUGAUCAAGCUGCAGCUCUGCCACAUGUUAGUAGAGCCGAACCUGUGUCGCUCUGUGCUGAUUGCCAACACGGUGCGGCAGAUCCAGGAGGAGAUGACCCAAGACGGCACCUGGCAAAUCAUGACCCAGGCCUUGGCCGCUGCCCAGUGUCCUUCAGACCGCCUGGUGGCCACAGAAGUGCUAUGCCGGCAGACAGACCCUGCAACAGCAGCACAGGCUGGACAGAGCCCAAAACCCUUCUCUGUGGUCGGUCUGGAAGAAGGCUACCACUCUGAGGAGGUGGUAAUGGAGGGAGAGGUGGAGACUGAGGUCACUAUGUCCACCUUGUCUCCGGUCUCACAACAGAUGCCCUCUGCAUCUUAUUUGGCAGGGCCCUUUGGCAUGGGACCCUGCUGGGAGGAGGAAGACGAAGAUGGUGAUGGGGAAGAUGAGGACGACGACGAGGAGGACAGUGAGGAGUGUGUGUCAGAGGGCGAAGAAGGCGAUCGGGAUCACCUGAGAGCUGACUCCAGAACAGGGGAACAGGUUUUUGGGACAUUUGAAAUUAAGCAUCCGGUGCCACCCGCUGACCCAGCGCUUGAGGAACUGUUUUCUGACGUGGACCCUUCCUACUAUGACCUGGACACGGUGUUAACAGGCAUGCAGAGCUCCCCCAAGAUGGGACCGUAUGAUCUGCUUGAAAGCCUCUCCUCUCAUGGCCCAACAACCCUGAGCUCCAGCUCCACCUGCAGGUCGGAUCUGAACGAACUAGACCACAUAAUGGAGAUCAUAGUGGGCUCCUGAAAACAGAACAUUCCUCUGGCCUGUACUGAACCCACAGAUUCUUUCCAGUCUAUGCACCGUUACACGUGCAUGUCCUGUAUGUGGUGUUUUUACAUGCAAAAACAGUUGGCAGUUUUGGGGCAAACUGGAAAACUAACAUCUGAAUCACACAUUUUUGGCAGUUGCUAGAGUGACAGUCAGUUCGAUAAACAAGAGAUUAUGAAAGAAGAAUGCAUUUUAAAAUUGGGACUGUCCCUUUAAAAUUAACACGUUUAACACAUCUUACAAUAUAUAUCAUGCUGUUUGUUCCUGGACACAUUUUUCAAUGAAUGUUGCAUUUCUGUCACUCAUUGUUUGUUUCUGUUCCUAUAGCCAGGUGCUGGAUAAAGCAGUGUCCAUGUCAACAUUCACAGCUAAACAACAUGACACGGUCUGUUGCUGAUAAACCAAAAAUGCAUUUUCAGAACACAGAGAGAAAACACGGUCCUCAGUACUAUACCACUAGAAUCACACUGUGUCUUGCUGGAUUCAAUGGUUACAGUUUAAAACUGGUGCAGGACUUUCAAAGCUGUAUAAAUUGCUGUAUCAGAAAUCUGUCUCAGUCCUGUCCUGAACUGAUGUGUAGGCAGCAGUUAGUUUCCCAGUUGGUACACAAAACCCCAAAACUGACCAGUACUCUGAGAAGGCAAAGAUAAUUACUCAUAAAAUGACGCAUUCUUCUUCAUGUUUUUUCAUUGUUUACGUCUGUCAUGCUCCCUCCGUCUGGCUGCCAUUAGCCAUCUGUCCAUUUAUUUAUUGUUACAUGGACUAAGGAACAACUCGCAUCACACUACACCCAUUUGAAACCAGAACAAAUUGUAAAUCCAAAUCUAUGAAUCAAUGCAUAUUUUCCUAAAGAUUUGAGCAAUUAUGAAUGGAAUAUAUGUAUAUGUAUGUAUGUGUAUAUAGAAAUAUAUUUUUUUGCAUUACAGUUGGGGGAACUUUACAGGUAUCAUUUGAUAUUUUUUUUUCCCUCUCACCAUCCCAGGUGAUUUAAAAAAAUGUAGCCAGACUUGAGACCUUGUCUUCCCACACUUUGAUAAAGAAAUAGCCGCUGUCUGCUGUCACAUCAUUGGCGCUGUUUUUCAUAUUUUCUUCAAAAGCUUUACACAGGGCAAGAAAUUUACUACUGACCACCAACAUGGGCUUUGUAUUAGAAGUGGACGCAGUCAUAAGGCAGCAGCUCAAUUAGUGUUGAAAAUAAUUAGUAUGAUUGGAACCAUAAGCUUGGUUUUCUAAUGUUUACUGGUGUUGUAAAUCAAACCUGGUAUUACACUGAUGUGGAGAUAAACUACUUUCUAAUCUACAACCAGCAAAGGCCCCCUCUGGUGGUGGAUCAGUGGUCACCCUGGUUGAAGUCACAGUUGAGAACUAACAUUUAAUUAACACAUCUUCUAAACAGAGUACAUUUUUAACUGGGAAACCAACCAAAGUACUGACCCAAUACUGGUUUAGAUUUUUCUUUUCUCAGAAGUUAACAUUAACCAGCUGACCACUUCAGGCAGAGAUCCUGCUCUUUCUUUUUUCCUUGACACCUCAGAAAUAAACAAAAGCAGCUUUUUUUCAUAAGCGUUUGGAGAAACCCUGGACUGAUAACUGCAUCAAGAAGCCAUAUUUCUUUCUGUCAUUUGUUGGAACUACAAAUGAAGAAUUCUUUUUGUUAACCCAUCUCUAACUUAUUGUUUUUAUUUAUUGUAUUUAUUUUAUCUAGGUACAGACUUCAUUGGCCAGAUGAAAUUAUAUGUAUCCAAAUUCAGCCCUCUGUUUGAAUACAGUAAUGACUUAUUACUCACGUUUUCAUUUUAACUUCACUAAUACUAUUACUAGUAUUACAGGAACCGGGUUAAUAUUCAAAUCACUAUGCAGCUCUGUCAUACAUGUUUCUACAAUGAUUGUAUACAACUCCACUGUCCAUUAAGUCCUUUUAUGCAAAACAGUUGCCUUUUCUCCUGAAGAUGUGGAAGAAAAAAAUCAAAUGCAUUUUUGUCCAAUUGUUCCUGAUGGUGAUGCAGAUAAACUCAGGCAAACAGGAUGUUAUGAAUCAAGUACAGUAUUACCACAGACUUGAUAGCUGAGCGCCACACUCCUGAAGGAUGUCACUCUGGUCUGAUUGGGAGCUAGAACUUUAAAGACUAAUUACCAUUGUAAAAUGUAUGCAUUUUUUUUAUAUCAAGGAAAUGAAAAAAAAACAUUGUAGCAUCUUUGUAAAUAUUUUUUAUAAUAAAAGGUGCAACUAUU